AUGCAGACGUUGCCCAAUGUCGGGACUCCCAAGCGAAAGCGGGACGAGCGCUUCACCGAGUAUCAGGGCAACGGCAACGGCAACAACAGCAGCAGCAACAUUGCCAUUUUCUUCCCUCGGCCCAUCAGCAUGCCCACCACGCCCUCUGCCGAAACACUGCAGCUGGACACCAGGUCCAUACACGAGCUACCGUCACCAUAUGCCGAGCCAUUGUCCAGCAUGCUAGCAAGGGAUGGAAGCAGCAGUCCCCGCAGCCGUGUUGCUCACCGCUUCCGCAAUCUAGCCAUUGGCGGAAGCAGCGGUGACGAGAAGGAGCCCUCAGCCUCAGCAGCCGACAGCUCGCCCACGAAGCGCAAGCGGAUCCGGCUGCUAGGAGAGGAGCCAGGAUGGGGAGGGCUUGGUGGCAGUGGCGACAACGACUCGUCCAGGAGUCCUGGGCGCCGAGCCCGGCCAUUCUCGCCCUCUCCAUCUCCGUCGCGCCUAGUCGUCGACGCCCUUCGAGCCUCGCUCACGUGGCAGGAAGAUGAGAUCACCGUGUACGAUCCGGACGAUGCUGAUGACGACGGCACCGGUGUCAACGGCAUCGGCUUCCGGCCGACCCCAGCCAUUGCCCGUGCCCGUGCCGUAAAGCGCCGCCAGCAGCUGGCCGACUACCGCAAACGCGAGGAGCGCGAAGCACGUGCCCGUCGCAGUCUGCUGCGCCGCUCCCGAGCAGCUGCGGCAGAGGAAGAAGCCGUGCGCGUGACCGAGGCAUUAGCCCUCGCUGCAGCGACAGCAGACGCCAGUGCUGCACCAACAUCACAACCGCAAUCGCUACCACUACCACGACCAAUCGCUGCACACGAUGCGGCCACGCCACCAUCACCGACCUCCAUCCCAACCGCCCCGACAUCAUCCAGACGUGUGCGGUUCCUAGACCCCGGGCCCACGGCCAUCCACUUCCUGGAGCCGGAGCCAACUGCCGUCCUGAGCUCCUGA